UCCACAUCUGUCGCUCGUCAAUCCCCUUGCUUCGUGAUCAUCUCAACAUGCCUUCUCGAAAGACAUCGAGACACUAUUCCCCAACAUCGCCGCCUAGUCUCUCCAUGAGCGAGCUCAUCUGUAAAACGCUCGACCACGACGCCACCGACGUUCUCAUCGACAAAUGGCUCGAACAUCACAACGACGCGUACUGGGACUGGUUCCAGCGCGUCCGAGAACGGCGACACGCAGCUAAUGUAUCUGUCUCGCGGGCCAACGCCGAGGACGGUGGGAGCGAGUCGGUCCUAAUGGGCGCGGGCUCGCAGCUGUUGCUCUGGAAUAAAGGGGAUUUCGUGCCGGAGAAUGUGUUCAUUAAGACGGUGGAUACGGCGAGGUUGAUACCACUGGAUAGGACAUGGACGACCCAUGUCUAUCAUCAUCGGUCUAUGGAGGAUAGGAAGUUGUCAAUGAUGCCUGUCGUGUUUACUAUGCUACCAGAGUUGAUGUUGCUCCGUGGUAUGCAUGAUCACGGGUGUGAUGAUAUAUUCAUAAUCGUUACGGAUAUGAAGAGGAGCGAGAUGGACAUGGCAACGGAGUAUUUCAAGCUCGUGUGCGGUCACACAUUCGGUCCGACAUUAAAGCAGAGCGCAGAACGCGAAAUCCACUAUCAACACAUGAAACUGACACACGCACUGAACCGUCAACGACGAACACCCUGUUUCCCCCAAAUCGACCUCGCCUUCCGCGCCAUCCUACACGAACACCGACCUCCCUUCAUCAUCCUCUUCUCGCACCAGACCACCUCCUACUCGCAGAUCUUCUUCACCCACCCGCUCUUCGUCCCCGCCUCCUCAAUAUACUACGACUUCCCGUCCGGCUGCCCAAAUCCCUGUUGCACCGAAGAAUGCGAGAUGGUUCGAUUUCCCAGGAGUGGGCUCGAGGGUGCCGCAGUGUUACCUAUGAAACGGGGGAAGGGAUGUAGAUUUGGGAGGGUGAGAGCGAGAGAGCAUUGUAACUGGAUCGAUUGCGAUACGGUGUUUGAAGAGGAGGGAUUGGUCAUUGGGGGUAGUGCCGCGGAGGGUGGAAGCGAGAGCUCGCGGACGAGCGAGGAGGAUCCGACGAUAGGCGUGGUGGGGUAUGGGGUGAGAGCGAAGGGCGUGAAGGCGCAGGUGUGCAGUAAGUGUCGGGUCGUUAAGUAUUGUUCGGCAGAGCACCAACGGAAGGACUGGGAGGAGCAUAAACGAGUGUGUGCGAGGCCGGCGUCGGGCUGAUUUGUGGUCGUCGUGCCUGGUCUCUUUGGUCAUCUUGCAGCGGUAUAUCCAAGUGCUUCCUCCAGUUUCACUGUGCAUUUGCUAUUGUAACUGUGUCUGUUUUUUUUUCAUCACGGUGAACUGUGUCUCAUUUCGUUCUGCUAAUUAUUGCGAACUUUGCUCGUUCCAUGUUGAACUAAGGUUCCUACGCUUUUCUGUGAUCGUCCUCCCUAUAUAUCCGUUCUUCUCUCUUCCCCACUGUGUCAUCACCCUUCUUGCUAUGUGCUGUACUGUGUAGCACUAGUACUGUACGACUUGUUAUUCUUCAAGGUUCUCGUUCUCGUUCUACAUAGCGCCGUGGGGUCUGCCUGUAUUUAGUGGCAGCAAGACUGCGUGCGCCGAAGCUGUUCUCACCUUGUACCAUACGACCUGGGUGCAUGUCGGAUGCCCAAUACGAAUGUUUGAA